AUGGACGGCUACGACUCGGACGGCAGCUCGUUAUUGAGCUCGCCCAAGUCCCCUACUCCCCCUCUUGAAAUGCAGAAGAAUCCCUACCCCUCUCCGCCCCGGUCGAAACACUCGUCGCAAUCUGCCUCUCCCUCUCCCGACGACCAAAUGGACGCUUCCGACAGCCAACGUCCAGCCAAGCGACGCCGAAUCAGCGAAAAGCCUUCACGCACCACUGAGUACCUCGAUUUGACAAAGGGUCUGCGCCCGGACGAAAAGACCCAACUGGAUCGCGUCUUGAACGUCCUGCACAAGCGCCAGAAGAUCGUCGUCGUCGCUGGCGCUGGUAUUUCCGUCUCGGCUGGCAUCCCCGACUUCCGUUCGUCAACCGGCCUUUUCAAUUCUCUCCGCGCCCAACACAACCUCAAAGGUUCCGGAAAGGAUCUUUUCGACGCGUCGCACGUCUACAAGGAUGCUUCUUCCACCGCUUCUUUUCACCAAAUGGUUCGAGAAAUGUCCCACAUGACCAAAUCCGCCCGACCCACCCCGUUCCACCAGAUGUUAGCCACGCUUGCACAACAGGAUCGCCUCUUACGACUGUACUCACAAAACGUCGAUGGAAUUGACACGUCGUUAGAGCCGUUAGCGACGCGUAUACCCCUGCAGAAAGAAGAAGGUAAAUGGCCAAAGACCAUUCAACUACACGGCGGACUCGACAAAAUGGUCUGCUCAAAGUGUCAUGAGCUUUCUGAUUUUCACGCAGACCUUUUCGAUGGUCCUGUGCCACCUGUCUGCACCAAUUGUGAGGAGCUUAACAGGGUUCGCACCGAGGUUGCAGGAAAGCGCAGCCACGGUGUUGGUAUGCUGCGUCCUCGCAUGGUUCUCUACAACGAGCACAACCCAGACGAUGAAGCCAUUGGAGCCGUAACGCGUGAGGAUCUUCGCAAGCGUCCGGAUGCCAUCAUAGUGGUUGGUACAACUCUCAAGGUUCCUGGUGUUAAGAGAAUUGUACGGGAAAUGUGCGCAACUGUACGCGACAGAAAAGAUGGUGUAGCGAUCUGGAUCAAUGCAGGCCCUGAACCAUCUGGAAAGGAAUUCGAGGAUUGCUGGGACAUUGUAGUCAAAGGCACAUGUGAUGAGAUUGCCAGACACGCUGCUCUAAGACAAUGGAAUGAACCAGAUAUGGGCGUUCCUGUGUCUGAGGAAAGUCUCGAGAGAGCCCGCCAAAACCAGCCUACGGUCUCAAUAGUACGAACUUUCAAGGCUCCGCCCAAGGAUUUCACGCCUUUGCCUUCUCCGCAAGCACCCACAAGUACACCUCUUACCGGCCGCCGUCAUGGCAACAUUGUCGACAACUCUUUCAGCGAGGAAGAGGAUUUGGUCGAGAUCGAAACACCUUCAAAGCGCGCCGAGAAGAAGCCCAAUCCCUUCAAUCUGCUCGGCAAGACGAAACCGAUUGUCACGAAACGAAAAGCUACGUCAAAAGCUUCAGGUACGAGAGCAAAAGCUCCUGCGAAGAAGAACGUGUCAAAGACGGAUCCGCCAAAACCACAGGUCAGGAUCGACCAGACGCUCAAGUCAACCAAAACCGCUACUGCUGCAAUCAAGGUGGAGAAGAAUACNAAAAGCGGCGCCGCUUUCGACGACAUUGCCGCGAAAGACGUCCGACUCAAUUCGCCACGGUCCAGGUCAGCAGACAGACCUGUCAAGGCUUGA